CUGAGCCGCCCCUACAGGCUGCUAGUAACUCUCAGACAUGCCACAUAGAAACAUAAUAUAUGGGACAGUGUUGUUGUGAGCCACUCACACAAACUUGUGUCGCGUCUGAAUUUGUUUGUUGGUUCCCAUUUCAAUCUAGACCAGAUCCGACACUUCUAAGCUUCAAAAGCUAUGGCAGCUUCUUCGUUGGCAGCAUCUUCCAUCCUCCUUCCAUUCACAACAAACCCUAAAUCCCCUCACCUAUUUGCCUCUUUCCCUUGCAAAAACAAUACCCUCCUUCCCAGCCUCCGUCUCAGACACAUCUCAGCCUCAGCCUCAGCUGCUUCAAUCCCAACCCCUUCCGUUCAAGUUGACAACUCUCCACCCUCCGCCGCAACUUCCAAGGUUCUCCCCUUUCGGGUCGGUCACGGUUUCGACCUCCAUCGCUUGGAACCCGGUUACCCGUUAAUCAUCGGCGGCAUUAACAUACCCCACGAAAGAGGUUGCGAGGCUCACUCCGAUGGGGACGUUCUGCUUCACUGCGUCGUUGAUGCUAUUUUGGGGGCGUUAGGUCUUCCUGAUAUAGGGCAAAUAUUUCCUGAUUCUGAUCCUAAGUGGAAGGGUUGUGACUCUUCAGUCUUCAUCAAAGAAUCUGUUAGACUUAUGCACGAAGCCGGUUAUGAAAUUGGAAAUUUAGAUGCUACAUUGAUACUUCAGCGGCCAAAACUAAGCCCGCACAAGGACACUAUCAAAGCCAACUUAUCUGCACUGCUUGGAGUGGACUCUUCUGUAGUAAAUAUCAAAGCAAAAACUCAUGAAAAGGUAGACAGCCUUGGAGAGAAUAGAAGUAUAGCGGCUCACACUGUGGUUCUUUUAAUGAAGAAAUGAGAAACAAUCUUGAAAUAUUUUGGAACAUCAUGGAACUUUAAUCCGUAAAAUCAUAAUAAAUUUGUGUUUUUAGCUUGCAGUGUACUGUCUAUUGUUUAUCAUAUCUUAUAGUUCACCCUGGUAGCAAUUUUUUU